AUGACUUCAAUUCAAAGUUAAACACGUACACGUAUAUUUGAAUCAGAUUCUGAAACUAAUACAAAAAAAAGACCCAUUACUCCAUCAUCAUAAUCAUAACUAUUUAAGGACAAUUAAAAAAUUCAUCAUCUUACACAUAAUACAUAAUUUAAUACACCUAUAGUUUAAUGUCAUUACCAUCCUGAUUACCGAUUAAAUUAUACAAAACUUUUGUAAACAUCUGUAUCAUUAGUAUAAUUAUUUCUAAGUGAUUAUUUAUUACCUUUAUGUCCUUAAUGUGUAACCAUUCAUUAAGAAGAUCAUAAUAAUUUAUAUUAACCAAUCAACCUUUCAUCAUCUUAAUACCUGUUUAACAGAACAAUAUACUUAAUAUUUAUAUAUUUUCUUAUUUUUUAAUACAAACUAUUUCAACUAAAAAUAUUCUUAAAUCUAUCAUUAAAUAAAAUUGUUGAUAUAUGCAAUCUAUUGGCAAAAGAUAUACAAAAUGUAACUGAACUUAAAACAUUUAUUAAUGAACAUUAUAAAAAUCAAAAAAUUAGAUUUCAUGAAGCUAAAAAUCUCUAUAUUAAUUAAUUGAUCAAAAUUUUUAAAAUUACUCAAUUAACUUAAUUUAUAUCAUCGAUUAGUAUAUGA